AUGCCGCGCCCCCUCGAUCCCCUCUCCCACUUCCCCCUGCCUCCCCACUCUCCCACUCCACCCUCCACUCCCUUCUGCUCCACCUCCCUCUCUAGAUCCCUCACCGAUGCCGCACCACCAUCGCUGCCACCGGCCUCCCUGCGCCACGCGGUCGUGUCCCCGGGGACCGCCGUGCUUCGCUUCGUCGACCCCACCCCGAGAUCGACGCCGGGGAGCUUCACCAGCGCCGCCCACGACCGCCUCGUCUUCGGCAUCGCGGCAACACCACCGUCGAUCCGCGUCACCCUCACUGCUCCGACGUCUACCGACCCUCCCCGAGCUCGCUUUCGCACGACUACAGGGCCCCGUGAGCUUCCUUCCUCCCCUGACCCCCUGUGCUUCCGUUCGCCCACGAAUUCCCCACACUCGAGCUCACCGCGAGCUCGCGGUCGCCGCGGCCCCUCUGCUGCGCCGCCGCACUUCCUGGCCCCUAGGAUGUUCUGCCUCGCGCCCGCUGGCGCCCGCUCACGCCCGUCACUCCCCGCGGCAGCGCCCUGCUCCCUUUGCUCGUGCGCGCUCGCGUCUCCGCUCGCCCCUCGAACUGCUGCUCAUUUUGCUGCCACCUUGCUGCUGCUCCUGCCGCCGCGCCCCGGCCAACCGCCGCUUGCCCGCGCCCGCGCCGAACGGCUCCAGCCACGCCCGUCGUCGCCCGCCACGCUUGGCACGCGCGUUGCGGGGCCGAGCCCCGCGCUGCUCCACUCAACGCCGACGCCCCUGCAGCCCAGCUCCAGCAGCCCCAUGGCCACCAUCCGGUGCACCUCGUCGCGAUGCACCUGUCGAGCCCACCCACAGCUCCAGCCGUCGUCGGAGAUGGCCGGACGACGAGCUCCGCCACCCUUGUUUAGCGACGGCGGUUAG